GCGGCCGCCACUUGCCCUUGCCUGGCUGUCGAUGCUGCUUCGGUCGCUCUACCCUUCUCCUGCUACCGGUUUCUCUCUUGCGCAUGCCGGCAUGCCGCCGGCGCGGAGAGAGACGAGCGCGACAAGGUCCGGCAGCCUUCUGGCGUCUCGAGAGAGAGAGAGAGAGUUUAAUCCUGCAAGCAUCUUUUCUUUCUUUGACCAGUAAAAUGGAUCAUUGCUGAUAAUAUUCAGAGCCAUCUGGAAGCCCUCUCCCAUUAUCCUGCAUCAGGAAUAAAUAUUCAGAGCAAGACCCGAUGGCCUCAGAUUUUCUAGCUUACUCAUCACCACUCGAUGAAGAAAACCAGGUCAACAAAGAACUUUGUCAGCUUAUUCAGUUUCCACAACGUCCAAGUAUUGGCAGAGUUCAUUUCUGAUACUUCUCUCCAGCUCCCUAGGCCGCCAGGAGUGGCCACUGUUCUAGGGAAAAAGGCAGAGUUUACAGUCCUCACUUCCAUUUUGAUUGACUUUACACCAGCUGCAGCAAAGUUUGCAACAGGGCUUCAAGCUGAAGCAGGGGCGCUCGUGAACAAAAUAUGGCAGGCGUCGGUGCCAUGUUGGCAAACUUGCUCAUCAAAUGGGAUCUGGACACCUACAUUUUGCUUCGCAUCCGCGUCGUGAUGGGAUUUCUCCUCAUUCUGCACUACGUGGCACUUGGUUUUUUGGUAGUACCGAAAA